CAUCAAUGUCUUCAUCACAUCUUCUUUGUCGCAUCCAUAACGUUUGAAUCUUCCCAAUGGUACAGUAGCACCGAAAAAUUCCUCAGCCAGUGCAUGAAAGCGCGGCGACAAUGUCCGGGCAGACCGCGCCCAGCCCAGGGCCGAGAAGCGCGAGUACAGGACCAAAUGGGCCGUUGGCGACUCCGACUUCUGCACCUCUGGUAAAUGGAGUUGCAAACGCUCCAGUCUCUGGUACAUCUGCCCCUGUAGCCGCACCGUCAGGUGGUGGAGGUGGUGGUAUGAGCCAACAGAAUCUCAACCAGAUUGUUAUCGAUUACUUAGCGAAGAAAGGUUACCACAGAACUGAAGCCACACUGCGAGCCGAAUCAUCAAAUCAAGAGAUUCCCAAGGAUGGCGAUAUCAGUCCAGCUCCAAAAGGCCCACCCCGUUACUACGAGAUGUUUGCGCGCCUACGAGCUUGGACGGACGACGCUCUCGAUAUCUACAAGCCCGAGGUCAAGCGUCUUCUCUGGCCGAUGUUCGUCUACUCGUAUCUCAGCCUGGUGAAACAAUUCUACACCAAAGACGCGAAAAUGUUGUUCCAAAAGUUCUCCGAAGAUUUCAGGAAGGAACACGAGUACGACCUCCGUAGCAUCGAGAAAAUCACCCUCCCCGAGCAUGGCGAAGACAAAACAGCCAAACUCUACCGCGACAACAAAUACCGCCUCUCCCUUAGCAACUCCACCUUCAUCUACUUCAUGCAGUUCCUCGAAAGUCUCCCCCAAGCUGGAUUCAGACUUUUCAUUGAAAUUGUCGAGAAACAUUUGGACCUCCGCCAAGUCGAACGUGCUGCCGAUGACCGCUACAGCUUCGCAUCCAUCAUUCAACGCGGAAUCGAUGGUCAAGACAUGCCUGCUGAGGAUGAGGGUAUUCCAGGUCACCGUCCGGGCAAUGCCAUAUCAUCCACAGACCCGACUGUCGGUAAUAACCUCGCGACGUUGAAACUGGGCAAACUACCAUUGGAUAAGGAAGUUGAGGAAGACGUUCGAGGCGAUUUGAUGGACCUCGAUCUUGCGGUACCCCCUCGUGCUGAUCAACCGUCGCUCGUUCAGGUCCAUGAGCAGAUCAACAUCAAACAAGAAGACGAAGAUGAAGGACCGACACGCGCCGAGAUCCCCUUCCCGCCUUCCACGGCCCGUGACGUCGCCCUUGAAGUUCAAAAGAUCCGCGAAAAUCGAGACCGAGUCAAGAUCGAGUCCCGCACGGGCGGCAUCGGCCCUGGCGUCAGCGUCGUCAUGUACACUUUCCACAACACGCACGAUGGUAUAUGCUGUCUCGACUUCAGCGGCGACAACAACCUUGUUGCGGCGGGUUUCCAUGACAGCUACAUCCGUGUCUGGACCUUGGAUGGCAGCCCCCUGGGACAGCCCGUCAACGGCCAACCGCAGAAUUCUCAGCGCCUCGUCGGCCAUUCCGGACCCGUGUACGCCGUGUCUUUUUCACCGUCCAGCUGGAAGCCGACCCCAGACUCUGGCUCUACCGAUGCGAAGUGGCUGCUUUCGUCCAGCGCAGACGGCAGCAUCCGUCUUUGGAGUAUAGACGCCUUUGCCUGUGUCGUCGUCUACAAGGGACACGUGGGACCGGUUUGGAGCGUGACUUGGGGUCCGUUCGGACACUAUUUCGCGAGCGCAGGCCACGACAAGACGGCACGGAUCUGGAUGACCGACCACAUUCGCAAUGUCCGCUUCCUCGCGGGGCAUGACGACGACGUCGACGUGGUAGCUUGGCACCCCAACAGCAGCUACGUCUUUACCGCGUCGAGUGACAAGACGGUACGCAUGUGGGCGCUGAACAACGGCAACCCCGUACGAAUGUUCACGGGUCACACGUCGAUGAUCACGGCACUGUCGUGCUCACGCAACGGCAAGAUCUUGGCCAGCGCGGACGACACGGGUGUGAUCUUACUCUGGGAUCUGGGUCCGGGAAGAUUGCUCAAGAAGAUGCGAGGACACGGCAAGGGUGGCAUCUGGAGCCUGAGCUGGAGUGCCGAGUCGACGGUGCUGGUGUCCGGCGGUGCGGAUUGCACGGUGCGCACGUGGGACGUGACCGGCCCUGCGAAAGAGGCUGCGGCGACCGCGGCGAAGACAGACGGUGCUGCCGGCGUCGGCCCAGGGGGCAAGGCCGACGGCGGUGCCGGAGGAGGCGCUGCCGGCGGUGGUACGGGCGGCGCAGGUGCACCCGCAUCGAACAUCAACCUCACGGCCGGCACCGCCGGUGGAGCCCCAGGAGUAGGACCGAGCGUGCACAAGAAACGAGGCAAAGACGCCGUCGUCACCAGCGACCAAAUCAGCGCUUUCCUGACCAAGCAGAGCCCCGUGUAUCAUGUCAAGUUCACCAAUAUGAAUCUUGUCAUUGCCGGUGGCGCUUAUCUGCCGGAGCAGAGCAAGUGAAGCCCGAAUCAAUGAACCAGGAUUCUCCACGCGCGUCAGGCAGCGAACGACGGACCUCGUUCUAUCGGAGUAGUUCAGAGGCGAUGAGAGCCCGGUCUAUUUUCCCAUGGCGACAACAAUCGGAUUGGUGAUCAUUCAACUUUGGGGAUGGGAUUGGAUGACAAUGUAUGUGUAUUUCACCGGAGCUGAAGGGGAGAAAAUGGAAAACGAACAAAAGGAAUGGCGCGUCUUUCCAGGGAAAACUCCAAGGCGAGGUUCACAAUGGGCUUGUAUUGGGACGAGAGUUAUUACCCGGGCCACGACUAGACGGACCGACAGUGCACCGUGGCUCUGCCUUUUUUGCAUGUCUCCUCCAGAGAUAUUAGGUCAGGUAUUCAGAUACCCUUGGGUCUGGCAGAAAAUACCA